AUGGCGCCUCUGAGCCAGCUGAGUGGCCACAUCAACUCCACCUGUGGGGCAGAGAACUCCACAGGGGCCAGCCGAGCCCGCCCACAUGCCUACUACGCCCUCUCCUACUGCGCGCUCAUCCUGGCCAUCGUCUUCGGCAAUGGUCUGGUGUGUGUGGCAGUGCUGAGGGAACGGACUUUGCAGACCACCACCAACUACCUGGUGGUUAGCCUGGCCGUGGCAGACCUGCUGGUGGCCACCUUGGUGAUGCCGUGGGUGGUGUACCUGGAGGUGACAGGAGGAGUCUGGACCUUCAGCCGAGUUUGCUGUGAUGUUUUCGUCACCCUGGAUGUCAUGAUGUGUACAGCCAGCAUCCUGAACCUCUGCGCCAUCAGCAUCGACAGGUACACUGCGGUGGUCAUGCCGGUGCACUACCAACACGGCACAGGACAGAGCUCCUGUCGGCGCGUGGCCCUCAUGAUUACAGCUGUGUGGGCACUAGCCUUUGCCGUGUCUUGCCCUCUCCUCUUUGGCUUCAACACCACAGGAGACCCCACUGUCUGCUCCAUCUCCAACCCUGAUUUUGUCAUCUACUCUUCAGUGGUGUCCUUCUACCUGCCCUUUGGAGUGACUGUCCUUGUCUACGCCAGGAUCUAUGUGGUGUUGAGACAGAGGAGACGGAAACGGAUCCUCACUCGACAGAACAGUCAGUGCAUCAGUGUCAGACCUGGCUUCCCACAACAACCACUCUCCCCUGGCCGGGCACACCUGGAGCUGAAGCGCUACUAUAGCAUCUGCCAGGAUACUGCCUUGGGGAGACCAGGCUUCCAAGAAGCAGGAGGAGAGUUGAAAAGGGAGGGGAGGACUCGGAACUCCCUCAGUCCCACCAUGGCCCCCAAGCUCAGCUUAGAGGUUCGAAAACUCAGUAACGGCAGGUUGUCAACAUCUCUAAAGUUGGGGUCCUUGCAACCCCGUGGAGUGCCACUUCGGGAGAAGAAGGCAACCCAGAUGCUGGCCAUUGUGCUUGGGACCUUCAUUGUCUGCUGGCUGCCCUUCUUUUUGACCCACGUUCUCAAUACCCACUGCCAAGCCUGCCAUGUGUCCCCAGAGCUUUACAGUGCCACCACAUGGCUGGGCUACGUGAACAGCGCCCUCAACCCUGUGAUCUAUACCACCUUCAAUGUCGAGUUCCGUAAAGCUUUCCUCAAGAUCCUGUCUUGCUAA